CAAUUUUUCUCUGUACUUUCAGUCCUUGGAGCGUGCACUCUACAUUUUACAUUAAGAACGUAAAGGUUGUAGGGAUUUUCCAAAAUGGCUUCUCGUUUAUUAACCAUCCAAACGCCUUUGAAGGCUCUUUCAUUAAAAUGCGGAGUCACCCAGGUACCUAAUUGCUGGAGAUCUACUGCGGCAUCGUGUGCUUCUUCCCGGGUGAACGUGCCCGAGACAAAGGUCACGACACUCGAAAAUGGUAUGCGAAUCGCCACAGAAGAUAAUGGUUCGCAAACAGCAACCGUCGGUUUGUGGAUCGAUGCUGGCUCAAGGUGGGAAACUGCAAGCAAUAAUGGUGUUGCCCAUUUUGUUGAACACAUGUUAUUUAAGGGAACACCAACAAGAUCACAAACUGCUCUUGAAUUAGAAAUUGAAAACAUUGGCGCUCAUUUGAAUGCAUAUACUUCUCGGGAACAAACUGUAUUUUAUGCCAAAUCUUUAAAAAGUGAUGUUCCUAAAGCUGUUGAAAUUUUAGCUGACAUUCUUCAAAACUCAAAUUUUGGAGAAAAUGAGAUUGAUAGAGAACGUGGAGUUAUUCUUAGGGAAAUGCAAGAAGUUGAAACUAAUUUACAAGAAGUUGUAUUUGAUUACUUGCACGCUACUGCUUACCAAGGAACACCUUUAGGUCAAACAAUUCUAGGACCAACUGAAAACAUAAAUUCCCUUAAACGUAAAGAACUUAAGGAAUAUGUAGACUUAUUCUACAGACCAAGUCGUCUCGUAUUGGCUGGUGCUGGUGGAGUAGACCACCAAGAAUUAGUAGAUUUAGCCAAAACAUUAUUUAAAAACCCAAAAAAUUUGAAUAUGGAAGCUGAUGUACCUCAUUACUCUAAGUGCAGAUUCACUGGUUCUGAAAUCAAAGCUCGAGAUGAUUCCCUACCCUUGGCACAUGUUGCAAUUGCAGUUGAAAGUUGUGGUUGGGCUGAUGCUGAUAAUAUUCCUCUAAUGGUAGCCAACACCAUUAUUGGAUCUUGGGAUCGUUCUCAAGGAGGCGGUAACAACAAUGCCAAUCGUCUGGCCCGCUUUGCUGAUUCGUUAGACCUAUGUCACUCUUUCCAGUCAUUCAACACUUGUUACAAAGAUACUGGUUUGUGGGGAGCAUACUUCGUAUGUGAUAAAUUGAAGAUUGCGGAAUUCACAUUCCACUUGCAAGAAGAAUGGAUGAGACUGUGUGCUUCUGUGACUGAAGCUGAGGUAGAACGUGCCAAGAAUGUUUUGAAAACUAACAUGUUAUUGCAACUGGACACAUCUACACAAGUAUGCGAAGAUAUUGGUCGUCAAUUGUUGUGUUAUAACAGACGUAUACCUCCUCAUGAAUUGGAAGCUCGUAUCAAUGAUAUCAGUGCCAAGAACAUUCACGAUAUCGCUAUGAAAUAUCUGUUUGAUAGAUGCCCAGCUGUUGCCGCUGUUGGUCCAGUAGAACAAUUAGUUGAUUACAAUAGGUUGAGAGCUGCUAUGCGUUGGGUAGUUUUGUAAUUUUGUAAGAAUAAGUUCUUUUGUUUUCAUUCAUACCAAUUUUUAUGCCGUUUCUGCAUUAACAUAUUAUUCUGUUCGACCGAUAUUCAAGUCAUCAAUGUAUGUAAUUAUCAAACAUCUUUAUAUUAUUAAAAUUCAGUAAAAUUUUGUUUAGAAACGGUGUUAAUUGUAUUUCUGUUGAUUAGGACAAUAUUUAAUACAAAUAUAUAUAUAUUUUGUGAGACAUACAUUUUAGAUUUUGGACUUACUAUUAGUUUCUACUUCAAAAUAAUAUUUUUAUUUUGUUUUGUAUCCAUAUAUACACUUAAGUUGUAUGUCUAUUGCCUUGGGUUAUUAUUAGUUCUAAGCAUUUGAAUUGUAGCACUCUUAAAAAUCUUUUAAUCUUCAUCUAUAUUAUAUAGGGCCUAGGCUAUAACAAUACCUUUAAUGGAAAUGUGUACCACAAAUUAUUUUACUAACAUCAGAUUAAAAAGUAUUUGAAAUAGUGUAUCUUCAUGUUUGAGUCCAGUGGUUAUUAUAACUGACUAUGAAUUUGAUGAAUUUGAGUUUACAACUUAAAUCUGUCCUAUCCAGGCUAGAUUUAAUUAUAGAACUUCACAUAAUUUAAAUAUUGUAAUAUUUAUGAAAUUUCAUGUCUAAUAUACAAUAAAUAAUUUACCAAUCUUUUAUUGUAUGUAAAGUGAGGUACAACCAAAGUAUGUGGUUAAAAAUGACAAAUAUUAAAAUUAAAACUAUCAUCAAA